AUGGAGGAACUUACUAAAGAAGGAUCCAAAUAUGUCGAUAGCGCAAUUACCAGGAUUGUUACUCGUAUUCUGAAGGAGAAUCAUCAAGUUAUUGGAAUAUCUAUUCCUCUUCAAACCAUAAUGGCUGAUCCCCUCAAUAACACCAGUAAGGCUGAGGUUGUUCACACGGUUGAUAGUGACCUAGAAAUCAACAAGGAUGAACAAGGGGUUACUAAGAAUACCAAUGUCACCAAGGAUGUCAAUGACAUUGACAAUAAUGAGCACCCUAAGGCCAAUACUGAAACUAAUACUAAUGUGGUAGACUUAGAUGAGUACUCUGACGACGAAUUACUUACCUCCUUGAAUCCGAGUGUAGCCAACAGGCUAAUGACAAGAAGAAAAGGCAAAGUUGUUGUUCAAGGAUCACCAAAAGGGAGCACUCAAGUGAACAACCCUGCCAAAGACACUGUCAGGAAGAAGAGUACUUCUGCAGGUCCUGUCAAGAGCAAAGCUGUUACCAAGAGUAAAGGGGUUGGUCCUUCAAAAUCUUGGAGCAGGGUCAUUCCAAAGAAAAGAAAAGAGCGGGAAAUUGUUGAACCUGAAUCUGAUGUUGAAGUAAAUGUCCCUAACAUUCCAUCAAGGAAGAAGCCUACAACCAGUAAGCUUGCUGCUAGCAUCCCUGAAGUUAUCUUUGAUAAUGUGUCCUUCCACUAUGCCUCUAGUGUCAGCAGAUGGAAAUAUGUUCUCCAAAAGAGAUUGGUUGUUGAAAGGGAAUUGGCUCCAAAUGCUCUUGAAAACAAGGAGGUCUUAGAGCUGAUUCAAGAAGCUGGACUGCUAAAAACUGUGUGCAAUCUUCCCAAAUGUUAUGAGAAGCUGGUCAAAGAAUUUGUGGUAAACCUAUCUAAAGAUUGUGGCAAUAGCAGAAGUGCAGACUAUAGAAAGGUGUUUGUAAGAGGGAAGUGUGUAUCGUUCUCUCCUUCUGUGAUUAAUAAAUUCUUGGGAAGAACAGAUGAAGCUCAAACCGAGCUGGAAGUAACAGACAACCAAGUCUGUCAAGUGAUCAUAGCCAAGCAGGUAAAAAGCUGGUCCAUGAAAGAGAAGCUAACUGCAAGAACAAAGGAAAAGUUUGAUUAUGGAGCAUAUAUUUUUGACCAAACCAUGAAGCAUGCUGGAAGCUUCAGUAUUAAGGGUCCAAUCGCCUUUCCAUCCCUCUUGAGUGGUAUAAUUCUGGAUCAAUAUUCAAACAUUCUCAAUGAACAUGAUGUAGUGUGCAAAAGAGAAAGUCCCUUGGCUUUCCAUUACAAACUGUUUCAAGGAAAGCAUGUUCCAGACAUUGUCAUGACAUCAGCUGAAACUUCCAAAUCUGGAGCAUCAGUCAGUAAAGCAGAAGUCAUAGCAAUACUAAAAGAGAAUUGCAAAGAACUGGAAUCUAGAAAAAUGUCUCUUGAACAAAUGAUACGUACUCUGGAAAUGGAUGAGAAUGAGGAGUUUGCAGAUACUGAAAAGAUGGAAGAUAAAGAUGAUCAAGAAUUGGAAGAAGAAAGUGCUAGUCCUGCUCAUGACUCUGAGAAAGAAAGUUCUUCAGACACCUCAGCUAGAUCUGACACUAAGCAGUAA